AUGCUUCGUACACCAGCAGCCACGCGAUCAGUGCUGAAGAGCUUUGGUAAAGCUUCAAUUGCACGAUCAAGCUAUAUUGCAGCUUCUGCCAAGUUUCGCAAUGCUCCUACAGCCUCUCAAUUGAGCAAUAGACGACCAAAAGCUCUUGUUUUGCCUCGUGAUAGACCGACGACGCUCUCGUUGCUAUAUGCCACCAAGUCCGGACCACCUUAUGAUCAUAUUGACGAAAAGUCCGAAGAGAAGCAUUCGAAAGAGAAAAUCGAGCCGCAUCCAGAGGACGUUUCCUUGGGGUCUUCUACAAGACAUGUCUUUGAAGAAAGCCAGGGCAAAGGAGCAACGGGCAAUGAAGUAUCUGGAGGCAUGAAACAUGACCUCGAAACGAUCAAGGAAACUUUCUCCUUGGCAGAAGUGCCCAGAGACGCCUUGUAUAUCGGAGCUGCUGGUGUGUUGCCAUACGCAGCUACAUCACUCUCGACGGUAUACCUAGCAUAUGAUAUCAACCAUGCCCAUGCCCAUGGGACUGGCUAUCUAUUCUCUCCGGAGACUGCACACCAGCUACUUGGAUUGGUGACGCCCAUCCAAAUCGGAUACGGUGCUGUGAUCAUCUCCUUCCUCGGAGCAAUCCAUUGGGGUAUGGAAUUCGCUGGAUAUGGUGGCCACCAUGGAUACCGAAGAUACAUGUAUGGAGUUAUAUCUACUGCUGUCGCAUGGCCAACCAUCUUCAUGCCUGUCGAAUACGCUUUGAUCACACAAUUCCUUGCCUUCAACUUCCUUUACUUCGCAGAUGCUCGCGCCUCAGUUAGAGGGUGGUUUCCAGCGUGGUACUCGAUCUAUCGAUUCGUCCUGACAUUCAUCGUCGGCGCUUCUAUUGUCAUCAGCUUGGUUGGCAGAGGUCGAAUUGUCAAGCAUGAUGCAGCAAUGAGAAGUCCUUCGGAUUAUAUCAAGGUAGACCGAGACGCACAGUGGGAGGCUUUGGAGCGCGAGGACAAGGAGCGACGACAAGCGCUAGCAGACACAGACGAGGAUGGAGACGAAGAGGAGAGUGACGACUCUGAGGAGGGCAAGGAUGAGGACAGCGACUCGGAAGAUAGCGGUGAUGACAAGAAGAGCGGCGACAGAAAGGACGCAAAAUCAGACAGCAAGGAAAGCAAGGGCGACGAUAAGAAGGAGAAAAAGUGA